ACUGUUAAAGCAUAGCAGCGCGCUCACAUCUUUCUUGUCUGCAGCGAGCUGCCGUAGCCGGGCUUUAGCCCACUACCUCUCGAGCUGCCAGCCUCCUUUGCGCGGUUUGAGCGACUCUGUAAGAUCAUGGCGGCGGUAGCAGCGGCUGCUGCUGUUGCUUCUACCCACCCCGUCCCCGACAGAAGACGCUACCGACGCGGCGGCAUGGAAGCGGGUCGGGAGAGGCUGGAGGACGACGGAGUUCGGACCCUCACUUCGGCUGAGCAGACAAAAGUAGAAGUCAUAGUCCAAGAAGUCUUUGACGCUUACAAGACAAAUCACCAUGACUCGCAGUUUGUUUUGCAACGAGAAAAACACUUCCAUUACCUGAAGAGAGGGCUGAGACAACUGACGGAUGCCUACGAGUGUCUGGAUGCCAGCCGCCCGUGGUUGUGCUACUGGAUCUUGCACAGUCUGGAACUGCUUGAGGAACCCAUCCCAGGAUCUGUAUCUUCAGAUGUGUGCCAGUUCCUAAGCCGCUGUCAGAGCCCCAGUGGAGGCUUUGGAGGGGGACCAGGCCAGUACCCACAUCUCGCUCCUACUUAUGCAGCUGUCAAUGCUCUCUGCAUUAUUGGCACUGAAGAGGCUUACAGUGUUAUCAACAGAGAGAAGCUUCUGGAGUAUUUGUAUUCCCUGAAGCAACCUGAUGGCUCUUUCAUCAUGCAUAUAGGGGGUGAAGUGGAUGUCAGGAGUGCCUAUUGUGCUGCAUCAGUGGCUUCGCUUACCAACAUCAUCACACCAAUGCUUUUUGAAGGGACAGCAGAGUGGAUAGCAAGAUGUCAGAACUGGGAGGGUGGGAUUGGUGGCGUCCCUGGCAUGGAGGCCCACGGAGGGUACACUUUCUGUGGACUGGCAGCCCUGGUCAUCCUGAAAAAUGAGCACGUCUUGAAUCUGAAAAGCUUGUUGCACUGGGUUGCAAGCCGCCAGAUGCGUUUUGAAGGAGGGUUUCAGGGUCGUUGUAACAAGCUGGUAGAUGGCUGCUACUCAUUCUGGCAGGCGGGUUUGCUGCCUCUCUUACAUCGAGCAUUGCACAUCAGAGGUGACCCUGCCCUCAGUAUGACACGCUGGAUGUUUGACCAGCAAGCGCUGCAAGAAUACAUCCUGCUGUGCUGCCAGUGCCCUGCAGGGGGCCUCUUGGACAAACCGGGCAAGUCCCGGGAUUUUUAUCAUACCUGCUAUUGCCUGAGUGGGCUGUCAAUAGCGCAGCAUUUUGGCAGUGGAGACCUCCUCCAUGAGGAAGUGCUAGGAGUGCCAGAGAACCGCUUGCAGCCUACACACCCUGUAUACAACAUCUCCCCUGACAAAGUGGUGCAAGCUGUGAUGCACUUCCUGAAGAAGCCUGUUCCAAGUACAAAGGAGGACCCUGUUGCUGACUGAGAGGAGCUGUUGCCCUUUGUAGACACUGUGCAGUGUGUUAUUCUGCCCUUCUCAGCACAUGGUGCUGCAAGUCGUCUUGGCCAUUGUGGGGCCCAGCCACUGGACUCAACCUUUUUUGUGUUGUGUUUUGAGAGAGCUCUGCUAGCCAUACCAAAAAACUGAUCAGCUUUCAAUACCUAGUAGCAGAUUGGCUGUAUGGUGGCAUAUAGUUGGCAGCAUAUAGCUGGUCACUUUUAUGGGGAGCUCUCUCGCCUUACAAGCAGGAGCAGUUUUGGUUUUGAAAAAAUGCAGCAUGUUAGUAUCUUAAGCAUCUGGCAAACCAGCUCUGUUGUUUUAUUUGCACUAUACUAAGCAUCUUAGGAGGGCAGCUUCCUAAUAGGCUGAAUACUGGCCUGGCCAGAGUUGGUGCCCUGAUCUCAUACCCUUCCAGGCAAUAUCCAUUAUGUCAAUUUAUAUACUUCCUGAGGUAUCUCAAAAUACAGCUAGUUGGGAGAUGGGACCCCGGCUUCGGAACUCAAGCAUAUUCUGAAUCAACACUGUCUACUUGUGUGUCAGCUGCUGGAGCAUCACAGGGGUGUGGUUUUGGACAUCCCCCUUGUAGAAAGCUCUUUCCAUCGUGUAAACUGGUGUUGAAGGUCUCACUCUCUGCAUUGAGCAAAAAGAGGCAGAUUGCAAGAUUCUGCACAAAACUUCCCCCCCUUGCAUAUUGGUACUAGCCUGCCUUGGGGUGGGACUUGUGACUGUGUCAUGAUGUUUGUGCAUUUUAUUAAAAAUAUACUAAUUCCUUUCUUA